AUGUCUUCCAACAACCUCAAAGCCCUCUCUUUUCUUGUUUCUGCUCUUGCCAUUGUGCAGAUACUAAUGGCAGCUGACCCUGACAUUCUCGUCGACUAUGUGGCGCCAGACAAUGCUGAAGGGAGCUUCUUCACUUUCACUGGCUUUCGCACUAUUGCACAGGGCCCACCACCCCCAGCCUUUAGGGUCACAAAGGCAAGCAUGAAAGAGUUUCCUGCACUUUUAGGGCAGAGUGUCUCUUAUGCUGCCUUACAAUUCCCUGCUGGCAGCAUCAAUCCGCCCCACACUCACCCUCGAUCUGCUGAGCUGUUGCUUGUGGCUCAAGGUACCCUACAAGUAGGGUUUGUGGACACUAAUAAUAAGCUCUUCACUUCCACACUUCAGACGGGAGACAUGUUCAUAUUCCCAAAGGGACUUGUUCACUUCCAACACAAUGCUUAUGAUAAUCAGACAGCUUUGGCUCUUUCUGUUUUUGGUAGCGCCAAUGCAGGCACAGUGUCCAUCCCCAGUACUUUGUUUAACUCCACCAUUGAUGACAGUGUCUUGGCUUUGGCCUUUAAGACUGAUGUUGCCACCAUCCAGACUUUGAAGAAAGGCUUUGCUCCCCAGUGA